AUGCAAGGAAAAUCAGAAAAUAUUUUAUCUUCCACUGAUAAAAUUAGAAUUCUGAAAGAAAAACUGCAACUGUGGGGUGGCAAAGUAAAAGAAGGCAAUUUGGACAUGUUCUCACAUGUUGUAGUAGCAGCAAACAGUGGUGAGAUAAUGCCCAUUAUUUCUGAGUAUCUUGCAGUGCUGGAAAAACAACUUUUGCGCUAUUUCCCAGACAUAUGCACUGAAAACUAUGACUGGAUAAGAAACCCAUUUGUUGCAUCUGUAUCAACCCAAUCUCAUCUUAACCUCAUGGAAGAAGAGCAGUUAGUGGAAAUGAGUAAUGAUCGUGAUCUAAAGUUAUUGCACAUGCAGCUGCCUCUUGACGAAUUCUGGGUUCAGACUAAGACUGAGAAUGCUCAUGUUGCCAAAAAAGCUCUGGUAACGUUAAUCCAGUUCUCUACUUCUUACCUAUGUGAGUUGGGGUUUUCUGCUCUAGCAAACAUUAAAACUAACAAAAGGGAAAGGCUGAAAACUCUUAAGGAAGAAAUGAGAGUAUGUUUGUCUACCAUUCAACCCAACUUGAAAUGGAUCUGUCAGUCACAUCAAGCACACACACCUCACUAA